AGUCAAGUAAAUCGAAGUCCCUCGUUGCUGAUUCACCCUCCUGCCUCAGCCCAGCCCUGGAAGAUUCCCUCUGCCAGGCAAAACCUUCAUGAGAGGAGAGCAGAGAUGAAAGUCUGUGCUCCUUUCACUCUUGUCUUGGCUCUGACUCUGAGCAGUGACUGUGCAGGGAUGCACUACAAAUCUGUGGCAGGAAGAGGCUCAAAACAUGAGUUCGCUCACCCACAAGUGUUUACAGAGGAUGGAAUUUUAUGCAAAUUUCCUUUCCGGUACGGUGGAAGGUUUUAUCACUCAUGUUUAUCAAAUCUAUUUUCCAGAAAGAAAUGGUGUUCAACAACACACAACUAUGACCGGGACAGGAGAUGGGGACACUGCACUUCGUUGCCCAAAGACCACUCAGAUCACUGUGCAAACAACCCCUGCCAAAACGGAGGGACCUGCUCUCUCAGCCAUAGCCACAGGAUGUACCACUGUACCUGUCCCGAGGAAUUCACAGGCAAGGACUGUCAGAUGAAGAAAUGUUUUGACAACAGUCUCUACGAGUUCUUUGAUGUGGGUAUGAGCUGGUCAAGAGUCCAACAAGGAGCUGUGGAGCAGUGCAUGUGUGUGGAUGGCCAGAUCGAGUGCCGGAGUGUUGAACACAAAGGUUGUGUUUAUGACCCUUGCAUGAAUGGUGGAGAAUGUAAAAUGGUUACCUUCAGUGGGAAAACAGUCUGUGAUUGCAAAGGAAAUUAUGCAGGAAAGUACUGCAAUAUUGUUCCUAGCCAUCGGUGCUAUGUUGGCAAUGGCACGGAGUACAGAGGUACAGCAAAGACGACCAUUUCUGGACACAGCUGCUUGCCUUGGGAUUCAGACUUGCUUUACGAAGAGCUUCAUGUCAACAGCACCGAGAAAGCAGUACAGCUUGGCUUGGGGCCCUUCUCUUACUGCAGAAAUCCAGAUGAUGAUGAGAAACCAUGGUGUUACAUCAUGAAGGACAACAGUUUGUCUUGGGAGUAUUGUGACAUUCCAUCUUGUGCAAGCAGGGAAAGGAGGCCACCAGUUCCAGACAACGUAGAUAGCUAUGCCGUUACCAGAAGACCGUGUGGGAGAAGACACAAAAAAAGAAGUUUUGUGAGACCUAGGAUUAUUGGGGGAUCUUCAUCUCUGCCUGGAUCUCAUCCCUGGACAGCAGCUAUAUAUAUUGGAGAGAGUUUCUGUGGUGGAAGCCUUAUUCAGACUUGCUGGGUUGUGUCAGCAGCACACUGCUUUGCUAACAGUCCACUAAAAUCUACUAUUACAGUAGUUUUGGGUCAGCAUAUAUUUAAUAAAACAACUGAUGUAACACAAACAUUUGAAAUAGAGAAAUACAUCUUGCAUCCUCAAUAUUCUGUGUUCAACCCUACCGAACAUGAUAUUGCUUUGAUUAAGCUGAAGAAGAAUGGCCAACGUUGUGCAGUCAAGUCCCAGUUUGUUCAGCCCAUCUGCUUGCCAGAAAGUGACACUGUUUUCCCUGAUCAGUUCAAAUGUCAGAUUUCUGGAUGGGGACACAAGCAUGAAAACAUAUCUGGUUAUUCAAAUGUCCUGCAAGAAGCACUGAUUCCAAUUAUUCCUGAGGAGAAGUGCAGAAGCCCUGAAAUUUAUGGAACAGAAAUCACUGAAAAUAUGUUCUGUGCUGGCUACUUCGAUAGCAAAUCUGAUGCUUGUCAGGUAAUGUUGGAGAUUCUGGUGGACCUCUGGCCUGUGAGAAAAAAGAAAUCUCUUACCUCUAUGGAGUUAUCAGCUGGGGAGAUGGCUGUGGGAGAGUCAACAAACCUGGAGUAUAUACACGAGUGACAAACUAUGUAAACUGGAUUAAUGAGAAAAUAGCACCUCGAAAAACAUUGAACAGUUAGAUACGCUACCAUUUGAAGCAGGGUUCAGGAGUCUUUUGGUUUCAUUAAAGUGGCAUAAAUAUUUUAUUAUAUGCUAGUAUGAAAACUGUCAUGGUAUUCCUUAGCAAUUCCAAACCAGACCACCAAAAGUAGGCCUACUCCAUCUGAUGUCAGCAUCCUUGACCUAGAACUUUAGGGCUGUGGACUGCUCAAUAUACAAGACUGUCUCUUUGGCUUAAUAAAAAAAAACCAUGUCCAAGAGUGCACCAAAAUCUACAACUGUUUGCCUGCUUGGUAGAUUACAUAAAAAGUGAUUUGAAUGUGUUUAUGCAGCUUCUGGUGGAGCUGUCAUCCCUCAGCCCAACCUGUAACAACAUUGUCCUUGUAUUCUCAGAUGAGAUAAAUAAACAGGAGGAGCACAAAAACUGAAAUCCCUCCCCAGCCCAGCAAGUGAUCUCUUGAAGUUGAUUGAGAGAAACCAACAGAGCAAUGAAUGCAGGUGAAGCUGCUCCUCAGCUAACUGCAACAAAUCAGUUCUGGGGAAAAAAACAGAGGGUUAGGUUUUGAUUCAGCUGAACAUGUAAGUAUAUUUUCAUGUUCCACUGACAUAAAGGCAGGAACAUGCCUCUGAGCUCUGCUGAAUCUGGUGUGCAAUUUUCCAGCAGGGUAAUGCAACACCUCCUGAGAGUACAAAGAUUCCUGCUGAAAAAUGUUGGAAGUCAGAGCACUUGAUUUCAGGCCGAUGCAGUUAGGACAUUUUGCAGACUGUGAGCUGCUCCUCACGCUGAAGACAGCAGCGGAAACACUUCACCUUGAUGAUAAGUGCCUAAGUAUUUCUUAAAUUUGACAGUGUUUUGAAGAUGUCUUAGAUUUUGUACUAACAAGUUGUUCAACUAUUUAGAUAAUUCAGAAAGGAGGUUUCUCUUAAUGGAUUUUUAAACUGGAUGGCUGGGGAAGCAGCCUGACAUUUUCCUUGGGGAUUUGGUGAUAUCAUAAACCACAGGCUUUGCUGUCAUGGUCUAUGGAAUGUGAAUAAUCAAAGAAAUUAUUACAAUAUAUAGCCAUUUAGAGGCUGUGGACUCAGCUGUGCUAGCAAAAGAGGCAGCAAAUGAUUCAAGAAAAAAAAAAUAAUCUGAUGAAGAACAGAAAAUUACUACUUUUUUUUUUUUUAAUACAGGGAACCUUUAGCCAUGUCAGAUGUACACGUUUGGAGAUGUUGAUGUGAAAUGUAUUUCUUCUCUGAUAGCAAACAUUUUUCAAUUGUUUUAAGUGUUUUCAAUUGUCUUAAGUGUUUCAAGCAAAGCUGUGCUUUAAGAUAUGAAAUUUUAAAGUGGCACCUAGAUACUCAGAUAUGUGUUUUGUUUUGUAGUACUGGCAGUGGGUUUCUUAGCUGUGGUGAAUGAUUUCUGCAGUUAAAAGAAACUUUGUAAGGAAAAAUAAUCAAAACCUGAAUUUGCAUAAGUACAAAUGUGUAACAAUGCUAAUCUAGAUAAAUGAUGUAAGCUGUUUAAUAAAAAUGUUUACGCUCUG